AUGCGUGUAUUAAUAAUUUUUAAUUUAUCCAUACUAUUAACUGUUUUAAUUACUGUUGUUAAUGGAAAUUCACCAAAUAAAAUUUUUGGUGGAAAUUUUGUUGAUAUUAAUCAAUAUGCAUUCCAAGUAUCAGUACAAAUUCGAAAUUAUCAUAUAUGUGGUGGUGCAAUCAUUUCGAUUUAUCACAUUAUGACUGCAGCAAGUUGUGCUUUACAUUCUAAAAAUGUUUUUUAUGGAAAUAUUAAAAUAAUCAGUGGAACAACUGAUCUUGAGGCACUAACAUCUUACUCAAAAAUUCACCAAGUUGCCUAUAUUAUAUUUCAUUCACAAUAUGAUCCACGUAAUAAUUGGGUCAAUGAUAUUGCAAUAUUCAAGGUUGAUAAACCAAUGGAUUUUCAUUAUCUUUGUCGUCCAAUCGCAGUCUCCACCGAGCCACCAAAAGAUAAUAAAUUUACUGCAAUAGGCUGGGGUAUUGAUCCAGUGACUUCAAUAAUGUCAAGACUUCUUCAAUCACUCAAAGUUAGAUCAUUACAUCGUCCAUCAUGUAGACAAAUUUAUACUCAUCCAGCAUAUCAUUUUCUUCAAAGUAGCCAGCAUUGUCUUCUACCACUUUUACCAACAUCUCGUUUAACAAUGGUAAUUAUAAAUUAA